AUGGCAACGUUUAUGUGCCAGUUGGUGCUGGGCUGCACAGGGCAUACAAUAUCCACGACACGCGACGGCGUGAGAGACAGACGACGGGGCGACGCGAAGACGACGACUCGGCGAUCUCGCCGGCGAAGGCGACGGCGACGGCGACGCCUUCCCCUCCACCGCCGGCUCUCUCUUCCGCCGGCGACGUUCUCCCCGAUCACACCUGCCCCUGUGAGAGUCGGAGAAGAUGAGCCCCCUCCAUCCUGGGAUAUAGUUCCUGAUCCGGUCUUCGAAGAAGGGACUUGGAAUUUCACCUCUACUCAACCACCACAAUAUCCUGUUCUUAAUAAAGUAAAUGAGGGAGACCAACUCAGUAGUAGUGGAGUCGAAUUUCCAGAUUUAGAAGAAAGCUAUGCGUAUCAAGCACAACAUGAAGCUGCAGAUGCAAGACAGAAAACAACUGAAGAAGUAGUACCACAAACUACAGAAGACACAAGUGUUGAAAAGAAUGGACAGAGGCCGCCUAGAAAGGCUGGUGCAGCACCCAAUCAAGAAAAGGAGCCAAAGAAGGUUAAGAAAGGUGCGGCACUGGAAGGAGCACUAGAGAGGUAUAUUGAUGUGAGAAUUCAACAGGUUCAAGGUGAGGCUGCUAUCUUAGCGAGGGAAAAGGAGUUGGUGCAAGCAAAUGAUUACUCAAUCAAGAGAUGCAUCUCUAUUCUCAUGAAAACAACAUGGCCACGAGAUGAGAAGGUAAAAGCAUCCGAGGUUUUCCAGAUUCCAGCAAACCGAGAGACAUUUAUCAGUUUCAAUGAGGAUGACCCAGAACUUGGUCUGCUUUGGUUAAGAGGAAAGGUGGAUAAGCUUUGAAGGAGGGAGACGACUUGAUGUCGUCAUGUUGUUUCGUUGUCAAGCUCAUAUGAUGAGAGAUGCUAGAUGAAGAUUGAAGUUGCUUUGUUCAAUAUUCUGUACUGACUUUUAUAAUAUUUGGGCAUGAACUCAAUCUUAAGUAUGUUGAAAGGACAUUUGCUGUUAUUUAUGAUCAAAUUAUGUCUGCUAGAUGUCUAGCAAGUUACUUAUAUCAAAUAGUUGAUCUAGAUGCAGACUGAAGUGCUGCUAUGAUGCAUCUAUUUGUAGAGGAGUUUUGAGAAGCGAUGAUCAAAUUAUGUUUGGCAGAAGCUAUUUGUAUUAUCUUUUGAUUUUCGUCAUGAUUAAAUGUGAUAAACAUUUUAAUGUA